AUGAUGUACCUCGCCAUUCCCUCAACUAAUGACCCCUCCUCCCCUCCCUCGGUACACUUUUACUGCUCCUCAGGAGGUAACGCUGGCCUCGCCUGCGCAACCACCGCCGCGGCAUUGAACUGCCCAGCGACCAUUGUUGUUCCAGACUCAACAUCCGCCUUCAUGAUCAGUAAACUGCGGUCUCUCGGCGCAGAGGUGAUCCAAACCGGCGCAAGCUGGGCCGAAGCUGAUGCCUAUCUGCGAGAAACCUUCCUUUCUUCCCCUGCCGCCAACGGCGUCAAUGGCCACAGCAGCAGCGACGAGAUCUCAAAAGCAGCCCCCAAGAAGAACGUCUAUGUCCCACCGUUCGACCACCCCGAUAUCUGGACGGGCGUGUCAACCCUCGUUGACGAGCUGCUCACCUCCAUGCCCCAGAUCAGCCGCACCGGUGUCAUUGAUGGCAUCGUCUGUAACGUAGGCGGCGGCGGCCUGCUGAACGGUAUCAUGGAAGGUCUUGAGCGGCACGACAUGCUCUCCACGACUAAAGUCCUUGCCGUUGAGACUGAGGGAGCAGACAGCCUGCAUGCUAGUGUUCUUGCCGGCGAGCACGUCACACUCCCCCGGAUCACGUCCAUCGCGACCUCGCUUGGGGCAAGGAGGGUCUCGGAAAAAACGUGGGAGUGGGCUGUGAAGGAGGGGGGACAGUCGCUGAUCAGCGCGGUAGUGACGGAUGCUGAGGCGGCUGAGGCGUGCUUGAGGUUUUUGGAUGAUGCUAGGCUGAUGGUUGAGGUAUCGUGUGGCGCGACGAUCGCGACAGUGUAUAAGGGGGGGUUUCUGAGGCGACAUCUUGGGAAAGGACUGACGGAUGAAGAGUGGGCGACGAAGAAUGUUGUUGUGGUUGUAUGUGGCGGGUCGAAUGUAAGCUGGGAGAUUCUAGAGAAGUAUAAGAAAACGUUUGGGAUAUAG